AUGGAGGAAGCAGCACCAUCCAGAGGACGCUUAUUGUUAUGUGUACUAUGUGCCUAUCUCAUGAUGACUAUAACAGCUGUGCUAGGUAUUGCUGGUCAGUUUUUCUAUUGGCUUAUAUUUGAUCUAUGUGGCUUUGGUAAUCGACAAACAAAUCGAAAACUUCAUGUUACAACAAAUCAAAAAGAAGAUGAAUAUUAUGCUCUUAUUAUUGGUUCUGGAUUUUCAGGUUUAGGAAUGGCUAUUAAAUUAAAACAAUUAGGUACUGAUAAUUUUAUUGUAAUCGAACGUCAUGAGCAUGUUGGUGGUACAUGGUAUGCGAAUAAAUAUCCAGGAUGUGCAUGUGAUGUUCCAUCGAAUCUUUAUUCAUUUUCAUUUGAGCCUAAUCCAAAUUGGUCUUAUUUUUUUAGUCGACAAACUGAAAUAGGUGAUUAUCUUGAACAUUGUACAGAUAAAUAUGAUAUUCGUCGACAUAUUAAAUUUCAUACAACAGUUACAAAACUCAAAUGGAUUGAUGAUAAACAACUGUGGGAAAUAACAAUACAAUCAUCAGAUAAUCAAGAAAAACAAAUUUAUGCUCAGUUUAUUAUAGCUGGUUAUGGACCAUUAUCGAAUGCAUCUUAUCCAAAUGAUAUUCCUGGUAUUGAUAAAUUUCAAGGUCAAAUGUGUCAUACAGCUGAAUGGAAUAAAAAUAUUGAUUUUACAAAUAAACAAAAACGAAUUUUUAAACGAUUUCCAAUUAUUCAAAAAUUUAUUCGUGCUUUCAUUUAUUGGGUACGUGAAUCAGCUGUACUCUCAUUUACUUAUCGUCUACCUAUUCGACAUGCUUUCCAAAGAGUCGUUAAAUAUGAUCUCUAUAGACAAGUGAAAGAUAAAGAGUUAAGAAAAAAACUAACACCAUCAUAUGAUUUAGGUUGUAAACGUGUUCUAUUAUCUGAUGAUUGGUAUUCAUCAAUGCAACAACCAAAUGUAAAAUUAAUUACAAAUCGUAUUCAAGAAAUAAAAUCAAAUUCAAUAGUUACUCGUGAUGGCGAUGAAUAUCCAGUGGAUAUUAUUAUUUGGUCAACUGGAUUUCAAGUACAGAACUUCUCACUACCUGUCUAUGGAAUUAAUGGUCGUUCAUUAAAAGAACAAUGGUCACAAACAUUUCAGGCAUAUCGUGGUGUAACUGUACCAAAUUUUCCAAAUCUAUUCUUUCUUCUUGGUCCAAAUACUGGUCUUGGUCAUAAUUCCAUUAUUGUAAUGAUCGAAGCGCAAAUAAAUUAUAUUGCUGAAGCUCUUUUAUACGUGGACGAGAAGAAUGUUCGAAUGCUCGAUGUUAAACAAAAUGUUCAUGAUGAAUAUAAUCAGAAAAUACAAUCGAAUUUGAAGAAAACAGUAUGGCAAAGUGGUGGUUGUCAUUCAUGGUAUCAAGAUUCGAAAGGAAAUAAUACAGCAAUAUGGCCUGGUUUUACAUGGACAUACAUAUUGUUCAUGAAAUAUUUUGACCCUACAAAUUACACUUUUCAAUGA